AUGACGGAGGAAGGCAAAGGGUAUCCCAAGGCCAAGAGGAACGUUUCUUGGACACUGGAGCAGAUGAUCCCGCUUAUUCCUAAGUUCUGCCAUCCCCAUGACUUGACAACCGCGUCCCUCCUCAACACUAUGAGUUUCGAACAUGGUGCCUUCGUCGGAUACAGUAGACGAUUUAAUUUGGGGAUGAAGAUACCUGAGUUGCGUUGGCUGCGUGCAGUGCUCGCAACGUUUGCGAACCUCCUACCUAGGAUACAAUGGGUCUACAUCGACAUCAUCACCCACAUCAUCCGCACGCAAAGUGUCGCCGUGAAUCAAACCGACAAUUUAUGGGGCUCACAACGUCAUGUCGGAAUUGUGGUUGGCGGUCUUCCUGCUAUGCGUUUGAUGUCGCAUGGUAUCGGUUACGGCUCUGGUCCAACGAUUGUCGUUGAAACGCAACACAUGUCCGGUUCAGCUUAUUUUGCUUUCCUUGGAAUAGGCGGUAGCGUCUCUGAUCUUCGAUCGGUAACGUAG